ACAGCACUGUAACCGGGCUGCACCGCAGGAGGAGCCGGUCUCCGCGCAUUAAAGGCUUUAACCUGCGGCCUGAGCGGGUUUAUAGGAGGUUAUUAGUCCUCAGGAACGCGGUGAGCAGCUCCAGGCCUGUUUCAGUCCGAGUCACAGGUAAAGGAAAUGGAGGCUCCAUCCACCUCACAGCAGCAUGACCGCAGGUCCAGACCACAGGAAAGCACUGGUGGACUGUGGGACUCGGUGAAAAAGGCGGCUUUCGUAAUUGGAUCGGGACUAUUCUUCCUCGUCGCUUUCCGGAACUCUGUGACAUGGCAUCUGCAGAGGUUUUGGGGAGCAUCGGGCGAUUUCUGGCAGACGCAGUGGACCAAGCUUUACAUCGCCUUUAACGGAAACGAGGCAGCCUUGUUCAUCUUCGGUGCUAUGCUGGUUCCCACCUUCUUCUUCUGGCUGGUUAAUGCAUUCCUGAUGGUGGUCGAUACGACAGGAAAGCCCAGCGUCAUCACCCGCUACAGGAUCCAGACUGACAAGAACAAUCCGGUGGACCCGGAGAGGCUGCGUCAGGCUGUGAAGACGGUUCUGUUUAACCAGCUGUUCCUGUCUGUGCCGCUGGUGGUGCUGACGUUCUCGCUGAUGCAGUGGCGCGGAGAACCCUGCAGCCCAGAACUACCCACAUUCCACUGGGUUCUGCUGGAACUGGCCAUCUGCGGCCUAUUGGAGGAGAUACUGUUCUACUACUCACACCGGCUGUUCCACCACCCAACCUUCUACAAGCACAUCCACAAGAUCCAUCACGAGUGGACGGCGCCGGUCGGGGUCGUGUCUCUCUACGCUCAUCCGGUCGAACACGUGUGUUCUAACAUGCUCCCUGCUCUGAUUGGUCCUAUUCUGCUCGGUUCUCACCUGGCCACCACGUCUCUGUGGUUCACCAUCGCUCUGCUGGUCACCACCGUCUCCCACUGUGGAUACCACCUGCCCCUCCUGCCCUCGCCUGAGUUCCACGACUUCCACCACCUCAAGUUUAAUCAGUGUUACGGGGUCCUGGGGGUGCUGGACAGACUCCACGGGACGGAUGACAAGUUCCGCAAGACCAAAGCCUACGAGCGACACACGCUGCUGCUGAGCCUGACGCCGCUCACCGAGAGCAUCCCUGACCCGCCCAAGAAAUCAGAGUGACCACCGCCGAGGAAUUCUACUGGACCAGACUAGAGCGGACACAGUCAACACUAUCAGUUAGCUCCAUUUCAGAUACGGAUCAGUUUCUCAGAGCCGGAUUAGGUCUAAACCUGGACUGAAAAGGCAGUACAGUGUUGAAACAACACUGGCACUGCAGUUUAGUCCAAGGCUAGACUUAAUCCAUGUAAGGCAAUCCAGUUUAAGCCUAAAUAUGCUAACAUUGUUAUAAAGACAUGCCCUGAGAAGGAACACCGACAAUGACACUAAAGUCAUACUUAGCAAUUUUUAUUCUGACUCUUAAAUCUAAAAUCAAGAUAGCUUUGCUGGACUAAGCUUUUUUUUUUUUCUUUCUUUUUAAAUAAGUUGAGCACAGAUAUCAAAUUUCUGGGCUGAUAUGAGGACCAAUAAUGGGGUUUUUGUGGUUGAUAGUGAUGAUAAAAAUGAUAAUUUUAAGUAAUUGUUCAAUAUAAUUAUAAUAAAUGUUUUAGUUUAUGUAGAUAUUUUGAUUAUUUAGCAUGACAUCUAAAAUCACUUGCAACUCUUAUUUUGCCCAGGGACUCUUAUUGUGGCACUCUCUUUUUUGAGUAUAGAAAAGGACAGUCACGUCGCCCCCUGCUGUUCAUGUUCAGAAUGUCAUUUAAUGAACUGGCGACGUACAUUACAGAUCAUACGUAACGUGCCGCCCCCAUGUUCAGUUGUGGCAAAUGACUGAAAGUUUAUAUCACAGUUUCCCCAAAAUGCCCUGCAAGCUACAUUUAUAACGAUAAUGACAUCACUAUCUAUAAAGUUUGUAGUUCGAUAAUUGUUUCUGUAUCUGACUCAGCAAGUCAUUCUGCUGUAUUACAUUUCAAAAAAGUUCCAGCCUUAAAUCCGUUAUCAAAAAUUUCGCUAUGGUGGGAUGAAUAAAGUGCUUUUAAACGUG